ACGGCUAUUCGCGCGCGCGGGGCUCUCUGCUGCUGCUACUGCUCUCGUGUGUGUUCGCGUAUAUAUUGUACACUUACUUUAAAAAGGCAUAUAUAAAGAUCUCCGUGCCGAGCGCCGAUCAAUGAUUUCCAUGCAUGACACUCGAGCGUUAACAUCUCUCGCGUGUUAUAGCUGCUGCUUCUUAUAUAGUCGGUUCGUUCUUCCUUCUGCUUCUUCUUCUCUUAUCUAUGAUUUUUCGGAAUAGAGAGAGAGAGAGAGAGAAAAGAAAAGUUUCUCGACUUGAGUAAGACAUUAUCGCGUGUUCUUGUUUUGUUUUCUGUUUUUUUGUAUACUAAUCGUCAAAAAAAAGUGAACUAUUCGAUGAAAGUGUGAAACAUUCAAGUGCGCUGCAAGCAGAGGAUCGCCGACCACCCCCGACACCUGGAAAAAAUCGCAGGAAAAUCGGUUGGUACUUUUCAACCAAAAACAGGAUUCAUAGGUGAUCGAAUCGAUCGGAGUUCAUACACACGCAUACGCACGCAGGCCUUGCGUACUUAACGCAGCUACAACACCACAUCGGCAGCCACCAUGAAGUCUCUGAUCGAGCUACAACAAUACAGAAAAUGCAUCGUACUAUUCAUGACGGGUGUGCUAUGCUGCGCCACGGCCAUAAUCGUAUACAUCGUCGACCCAGUCAAAUUGAUCGUACAAAACAGCAUGACAAUGAAGCCUGGUUCAAUGAUCUUCGACGUGUGGAAAAAGCCUCCGAUCGAAGUCUUGCUCAACGUCUACAUAUUCAACAUCACGAAUCCUGACGCCUUCCUCGCCGGCGAGGAGAAUCUCAAAAUCAACGAGGUCGGACCUUACGUCUAUCAAGAAAUAUUGGAGAAUCAGAAUGUAACGUGGAACGAGAAUGGAACUCUAUCGUACUACCCGAGGCGAACCGUGCUUUUCCGCGGCGAUCUCUCCGUGGGUGAUCCUCACGGGCAAAACAUCACGGUUCCGAAUAUUCCUAUGCUCGGCAUCUCGUCGGCCAUCAGGAACGCCGGCUUCUUCGUCAACUAUCCCUUCGUCCAGCUGGCGAAUCUGCUCAACAGCCAGCCGAUUCUGCAUCUGAGCGUGCACGACUAUCUCUGGGGCUACGACGACAAUCUCGUGAAUCUGGCGGGCAGCGUCGUGCCCGGCUACAUCAAUUUCCGCAAGUUCGGACUGCUCGAUAGGAUGUACGACGAAGGUGACAAUCUCAUCAACAUGAACAUCAAGAACAGAAAAGACAUGAUCAACGAAGUUGGAAGAUACCUGAGCAUCGAGAUGAUCAAUGGAAGUCCAGGUCUGUCGAACUGGGGAUACGUCAAACGCGAGGGCAACGAGACCGAGAGUGAUAGGAACACCAAGUGCAAUCGGCUGCAGGGAGCCACGGAGGGCACGGUCUUCCCGGCGAACAUGGAUCCCAAGGCAGUUUUCCGAGUUUUCCGCAAGGCCUUCUGUCGACCGGUGCCGAUCACCUUCCAGAAGAAGGUCGUGGCCGCCGGUCUGCCCGCCUACCAGUACACGAUCGUCGACAAUUUCGCCGAUCCGCCGGAGGAGAAUCCAGAUAAUGAGUGCUACUGCCGCAACAACGACUGUCUGAAAAAGGGCCUGAUGGACUUGACGCCUUGUUAUUACAAUAUACCAGCGGCAGCGUCUCUGCCCCAUUUCCUCAACGCCGAUCCAACGUUGGCCAACGGAAUCGAAGGUCUCAGUCCCGACGCUGAAAAGCACAGCACAGUCAUCCAGCUGCAACCGAACAUCGGUAUACCGAUGUACGUGCACUCGAGGUUGCAGACAAAUCUCAUCAUGAAGGAGACUAGAUACAAUUCCAAGAUUAAGCCGUUUAACAAUCUGGUGGUGCCGCUCUUCUGGACUGAUCUCCAAAUUCCCAAGCUGCCGGCGGACCUCAUGCUGCUCCUGAGGCUGGCCCUCGUCAUCGGUCCGAUCUCGCAGCUGGUCCUCGUGAUCAUCCUCGCCCUCGCGGGGGCCGUCUGCGUCUGCUGGGCGCUCGCGCGCACCGUCAUGAUCGUCCACGAGCAUCAGCAGGAGGAGGCGCGCCGCGACAAGGAGCGUCGCGACAGCGCCGAUCUGCGAAUACCCCUCGGCUACGGACAGUACACGGCCAUAAGGAUUCUGCCGGCCAUCAAGAAGAUCACUUCCAAGACGGAUUUGUUUAUGUGAGCGCGCGCGUGCUGGAUCCUUACGUAGAUUUUAAGACGAGAGAUGAAUGCGAGAGAACAAUUUUUAUCGAUUGAUUGCGAUAGCGCGCGCGCGUGUGUGCGUGUGUGUGUGUGUGUGUGUGUGCGAGUCUGGCGUCUGCGAACGAGAUUGUAAUUGUGCGUGUGUACGAUUGCGUGCGCGUUAAUUGUGCGUGUGUGUUAGUUUAGCAUGUGUAUUUAUGUUUAUUAAUUUUUUCGUUUUUAAGCGUCGAAACUAGAAUUCGAAUUGUAAAGAAUAGAAAAAAAAAGAUAUCGUGAUAUUAUUACAUUAAAAUAGAUUUCGAGCUGCUAUUUACGCUGGGGGUUAAAGCGAAAGUGGUAAAAAAAUCUCCUUAUUCGCCAUUCAUCAAGUGCCUUUUCGUUUUUAAGUCACUUAUAUAGUUUCGCAAGUAUUUCAUCGUUUUUGUUCGGCAUACAACAAAAAAAGAAUAAUAAUAAUAAUUGUGUAAACGAAUUAUACAGCAGCCAAUUCCGAGUGCUGCAGCGCCCUAGAUUUUUUACAAAUCGGAGCGCAUGAAUUCUACAUAUUGUUGGUGCACACAUCGCGAUACUCUUACUUUUUGAAAAAAGUUUUUCGUCCUCAUGACAUUGUUUUUACAGAACGAAACAUCGUAACUUUUUUAUGGUAAAAUGGAGUUAUGUCGUGAAAAAUUAUUAUUACAAUUAUUAGUUGCAACUAGCAAAUUCCACCGUCAUAUGUUUAUGUUUUACAAUCAUUGAUUUUUAUGAAAAAAAAGGAGGAGCACUCUGCAGCUUUAUAAUAUCAUUCAUUAAACGACAAUAAUAUGUAUCUAUUUUUUACGGUUUUUAUAUAAUAUCUAUGUACAAAAAAAAUCUUGCCAAUCCUUUCGCGUGACAAAAGAAGAAUGAUCGCUUAUAUCAUUGAUACUCCUUCGUCGUUUUUUUAAUGCAUUAGAUGUAUGAUAUUUUAUAGAUAAAAAUUCCAUGUCAGAGGCACUAAUAAAAAUUAUGUUAUACAUUGUAUUUUUAAAAUGGGAAAUAUUGUUUUUAAGAAAACUAGAAUUAAUUUGUAAAUAAACGAAGUGAUUCGCAUUUUUAGUCCAAACAAAGUUAUUAUUUAGUUGAAAACAUAAUUAAAAAUUUAUUCUUAAAAAUUAA